CGGCCCCGCCGCCGCCAUGCCUGCCGCCAUCAGCCCCGCGGCGCCCGCCGGGCACGAGGCGCUGGAGAUCGCGGGCCGCAUCGUCGAUCGACAGAUCCAAGACGAUCGCUGCUACCCGGACCUGUCCGAGCUGCUGGCCGUGCCCGCGCCCGGUAGCCCUACUGUUUCUGGCAUGACAGAUAUGGAUUAUCCUUUGCAAGGUCCAGGCUUGCUGUCUAUCCCUAAUCUUCCAGAAAUCAGCUCAGUUCGCAGAGUCCCACUUCCCCCAGAGCUAGUGGAGCAAUUUGGACAUAUGCAAUGCAAUUGCAUGAUGGGAGUAUUUCCAGAAAUCAGCAGAGCUUGGCUAACAAUUGACAGUGACAUUUUUAUGUGGAACUAUGAAGAUGGUGGCGAUCUGACUUACUUUGAUGGCCUUAGUGAAACUAUACUUGCAGUGGGUCUUGUAAAGCCAAAGGGAGGCAUAUUUCAGCCUCACGUACGACACUUACUUGUUCUGGCAACCCCUGUGGAUAUUGUGAUCUUAGGGCUCAGCUGUGCAAAUACACAAGCAGGUACUGGAUCACUCAAUGACAGUUUGUCAGGUGGAAUGCAGCUUCUACCAGACCCUCUCUAUUCACUUCCUACUGACAACACUUACAUUUCUUCAAUAACAUCCACUGAUAAUGGACGUAUCUUUCUGGCUGGAAAGGAUGGCUGCUUAUAUGAAGUAGCUUACCAGGCUGAGGCAGGCUGGUUUAGUCAGCGAUGUAGGAAAAUCAAUCAUUCAAAGAGCACAUUGUCUUUCCUUAUUCCUUCGUUGCUACAGUUUACAUUCUCAGAAGAUGAUCCCGUAGUUCAAAUUGCCAUUGACAACUCUCGAAAUAUCUUAUACACCCGGUCAGAAAAAGGAGUCCUGCAAGUUUAUGAUUUGGGCCAAGAUGGUCAAGGAAUGGCACGAGUUACUUCUCUUUCACAAAACGCUAUUGUUUCUGCUGCUGGAAGCAUUGCCAGAACAAUUGAUCGUUCUGUAUUUAAGCCUAUUGUUCAAAUAGCGGUGAUUGAAAAUUCUGAAUCUAUAGACUGUCAACUACUUGCAAUCACACAUGCAGGUGUCCGACUGUACUUCAGUACUUCACAAUUUAAGCAUCCAGCAGCUCGUCCCUCCAUGUUAACUUUGGUACAUGUCCGUUUGCCUCCUGGAUUUUCAGCAUCUUCUAAUGUAGAGAAGCCAUCAAAGGUUCACAGAGCUCUUUAUUGCAAAGGGGUCUUGCUGAUGGCUGCUUCAGAAAACGAGGAUAAUGACAUCCUGUGGUGUAUCAAUCAUGAUUCUUUUCCUUUUCAAAAGCCAAUGAUGGAAACACAGAUGACCACCCGUGUUGAUGGGCAUUCCUGGGCUCUUUCUGCUGUUGAUGAAUUUAAAGUUCAGAAGAUCGUGACACCACUAAAUAAAGACAUUAUUCCAAUAACGGAUUCCCCUAUCAUUGUGCAACAACACAUGCUGCCACCAAAGAAAUUUGUUCUGCUUUCAGCUCAGGGGAGCUUUAUGUUUCAUAAACUCAGACCUGUUGACCAGCUGCGGCAUCUUCUUGUUAGUAAUACAGGUGGGGAUGGAGAAGAUAUUGAAAGAUUUUUCAAGUUGCAUCAGGAGGAUCAGGCUUGUGCCACUUGCCUAAUUUUGGCCUGUUCUAAUGCUGCAUGUGAUAGAGAAGUAUCUGCCUGGGCUACUCGAGCAUUCUUCAGGUAUGGUGGAGAGGCACAAAUGAGAUUUCCAUCAGCAAUUCCUCCUCCAAGCAAUGUUGGACCUAUUUUGUGUUCUCCCAUUCCUUCUGUUUCCCCAUUUACUGUUGAUAGUCCAUAUCCUAGUCCUAGCUUAUUGACAACACCUGGGGCAGGUUUACAGUCUACUAGUGUGUCAACUCCCAUAUUCCCUCCUGGGAAUUCUGUAUCUCACCCUGGUACAUCCAUUAGCAGUGGUAUGAUGGGUCCAGAGAUUGUGUUUUCUGGAAGACACAAUGGCAUCUGCAUAUACUUUGCUCGGAUUAUAGGAAAUAUCUGGGAUGGCAGUAUAGUAGUGGAGAAAAUUUUCAAAAGUGGCAAUCGAGAAGUUGUUGCAAUAGAAAGCAGUGUUCCAUCCCAUGUGCUGGAAUGUGUGCUACAAGAACUCAAAGGUUUACAAGAAUUUCUAGAUAGAAAUUCUCAGUUUGCUACAGUUGGAGCCUUUGGAAACCCAAGUUUCAGUACACCUGCUAAUCUGCAACAGAGGCUCCUGGGUUUCAUGAGGCCUGAUGGUGGAAGUUCUCAGCAAGUGCAACAAGAACUCCAGCGAAAGUAUCAUGCUGAGGCACAGUUAACCGAGAAGACUUCACUUCAAGGCAUCCAGCAGCUGGUUCGCAAAACCUGCCAGGCAUUGGCUUUGUGGAAGUUGCUUUGUGAGCACCAAUUCAGUGUUGUUGUAGGUGAGCUUCAGAAGGAACUUCAAGAACAUCUAAAGAUGACUGCUUUCAAAGACUUGGUAAUUAGAGACAAAGAGUUGACUGGAGCACUCAUUGCUUCUCUUAUAAACUGUUACAUCAGAGAUAAUGCCGCUGUUGAUGGCAUAAGCACCCAUUUGCAAGACAUCUGUCCCCUUCUCUAUAGUACUGAUGAUGCUGUCUGUUCCAAGGCAAAUGAAUUGCUUCAGCGGUCUCGGCAGGCUCAAAACAAACUGGAAAAAGAGAAAAUGCUAAGAGAGUCACUGAAAGAAUACCAAAAGAUCAGCAAUCAAGUAGACCUUGCUAAUGUUUGUGCGCAAUAUAGGCAAGUGCGUUUCUAUGAGGGAGUAGUAGAGCUGUCUCUUACUGCUGCUGAGAAGAAAGAUCCCCAAGGUCUUGGCCUUCACUUCUAUAAAAAUGGAGAACCAGAGGAGGAUGCUGCUGGACUCCAAGCUUUUCAAGAGAGAUUAAACAGCUACAAGUGUAUAACUGACACCCUUCAAGAAUUAGUGAAUCAAAGUAAAGCUGCUCCCCAGUCUCCCAGUGUACCCAAAAAGCCAGGUCCUCCAGUCCUGUCAUCUGACCCCAACAUGCUAAGCAAUGAAGAAGCAGGACACCAUUUUGAACAAAUGCUAAAGCUAGCUCAGCGUUCCACAGAUGAGCUCUUUAGUAUCGCGCUUUACAACUGGUUGAUACAGGUUGACUUGGCUGACAAACUGCUACAGGUGACUGCCCCCUUCUUGGAACCUUACCUUGUUAGGAUGACCAAGAUUGACCAAAACAAAGUCCGUUAUAUGGAUUUACUGUGGAGAUACUUUGAAAAGAACAGAAAUUUUAGUAACGCAGCCAGAGUCUUGGCUAAAUUAGCUGACCUACAUAGCACAGAAAUUUCUCUUCAGCAGCGUCUUGAAUACAUUGCACGUGCUAUCUUGAGUGCCAAAAGUUCCACUGCCAUAUCUUCUAUAGCUGCAGAUGGGGAAUUCUUACAUGAACUAGAAGAGAAAAUGGAUGUUGCGAGGAUCCAGCUUCAAAUACAAGAAACAUUACAUCGGCAGUAUUCCCAUCAUUCUUCAGUGCAGGAUGCAAUCUCCCAGCUUGAUGCCGAACUGAUGGAUAUAACAAAGCUUUAUGGAGAAUUUGCUGACCCUUUUAAGCUCUCAGAGUGUAAGCUUGCAAUUAUACAUUGUGCAGGUCAUUCUGAUCCUAUCUUAGUGCAAACUCUCUGGCAGGAGAUCAUUGAGAAAGAGUUGAGUGACAGUGUGUCUCUGAGCCCUGCUGACAGAAUGCAAGCACUCAGUCUAAAGAUGGCAUUGCUUGGAAAGAUAUACGCUGGCACACCUCGUUACUUUCCUUUAGAUUUUUUGGUGCAGUUUCUAGAGCAACAAGUCUGUGCUUUGAACUGGGAUGUAGGUUUUGUAACGUACACCAUGCAAGAAAUUGGCGUGCCAUUGCCAAGGCUGCUUGAAGUUUAUGACCAGUUGUUUAAAGCACGGGAUCCCUACUGGAAUAGAAUGAAAAAGCCCCUGCAUCUUUUGGAGUGUAUCCAUGUGUUAUUGUCAGGAUAUGUACAAGAUCCAAGCAGAGUACUCAUGAGGAGGCGAUUCACGAAUGUUUGCUUGGAUGCUGUUAGCUGCUACCUGGUUGAACUUCAGUCUAUGAGCCCAACACUAACAGUGCAGACUACCACUGGGAAUUUUAAAUCGCUGCAGGCUAAGUUAGAGCGGCUUCACUGAUUGACCAGUACAGUAAAAAUCACACAGAUUAAACGUACUGUGAAAUGAAAUCUCAGGUCUGCACUGCAUCUUUGGAAGAACAAAUGCUCACUGAAUUUAUAAGACAGUUGCAUGUCCUGCCAAUUAUUGAUUAUGUGGCCUGCCUGUUAGUCUAAACGUUCCUACAGUCUGUGGAACGCAAAUGUGGAAAAUAGUUUCUUUUGCUACUACCACAUUUUUUAAUUACAGAAGAGCUCAUUUUUUAUACUAUUGAAAUAAAGUAUGUUGUAUGUUUUUUCUCAAGAAAACUAAAACUAUUUGGAAAAUAUUUUCUUUAUUCUUUGUUUAACAUAAGGUAUUGGACAAAAGCAAGAGUUAUAACUUACUUUACAUCUGUUUUACAAGUAAUAAAACAAAUGACAACUGAGAAAGGCAAGAAUAUGAUAAAUGUAUGUGCUGGUGGAGUCAGUUUGUAAACAGUCAGGUCAGGGACUAGUGAUUCAAACAUAACUAGCUGGGCAUUAUUGGCAAGUCAUUCAAUAAAAAAAAAAUGCUCGUUGCUUCAUUAUUAUCACUUUCAUUAUCACUAAAUUGCAGAAAUUAGCAACCAAAUUCACACUGCAAGUGGAAGGAAACAUUUUUCCUACUCCAUUUUAAUAAACAAGUUUUGUCUGUUUAAAAAAAAAAAAAAAAGUAAUGACUUACACCUUCAGUAUGUGGACACAAGCACCAAAUGAUAUAUGUUCCUUAAAAU